CUGCCAGAAGCAAGAUGUAUGCAAUGUAAAGCAAUUUGUUGCAGGCCCAUCUGGAAACAUAUAGGUUACUAUCUCCCUCCUCCUCAGUUUCAUUUUUUUAAUGACACUAGUAGAAAAAUAAAUAAAACAAGAGCAUACAGGCUACUGUAGGGGAGUGCCCCUUUACAAACAGCCCCCUUUAAUUAUGUGAAGUCAACGGGAGGUUUUUUUUUCUUUUACCAAGAAGCAGCCAAAAAAAGAAUAUGAACCAAUACAGAUUCCUUUUUCUAAAUAAUCCUUCCAGGGAACAGAUCCUCUAAAACUUCAGAAUCAGCAGGCUACCAACGGAAAGACAUAUUUUUAAUUCAUCCACAAAAACAACCUUCCCAGGUAUCAGGUGCACUGACAUGCCAGAGAACUAGCAAAUCAGAAGGUAUUUGAUUUCUGUCCUGUUUAUGACUAUACAGAUAAUGGGUCAUAAAGAUUUCACUCAUCAUUGACUCCUACAAUAGGAACUGAGCUGCUGAAAAAAAAUUAAGGAAUCAAAGAGAAGCUCACAAGAGUCAAGGACAUGCCUUUAGAGGCUUUGGGUUAGGAAUCCCACAAGAAAGGCAGCUGGGACAGCGACAUGGUGACACCAGGAGCUGAGACUCAGAGGAUGUGAAAACCAUGGCAAUAAUAUGGGGCCUUCUAGCUUGGGCCUUUAUCCUUACUGCAGCCAGGACUGUGAAAGCCAGGGUUCCCAAGCACCCUUCCAAAGAUUUCCUCUCAAGUCUGGGCCAUUAUGAGAUCGCAUUCCCGGCACAGGUGGACCACAAUGGGAACUUCCUGACCUACGACCUCCGUAAAGCCCCACCAAGUAUUCGAAGGCCUAGGAGGAGUCUUUCUGAAGAGACAGAGCACCAACUCUUCUACAGGCUACAAGCACAGAGUUCUACAUUUCUUCUUAAUCUAAACUUGCAGACAGAACUUCUGGGCCAGCACUUUACUGUAGAGUACUGGAAGAGUGGAGGUCUGGACUGGAAGCAUGAAUUCUAUGAGGAUUGUCACUAUGUGGGUCACAUUCAAGACCAGCAGCUAAGCUCGAGGGUGGCCAUCAGCAACUGCAAUGGCCUGCUUGGAGUUAUAGUAUCAGGGGAUGAGGAGUAUCUCAUUGAACCACUACCCUUGGGGAGCAACUUCACCCACAAUGGUGAGGGGACUCCACAUGUGGUGUACAAACGGUCAUCUUUGCAACGCCAACACUUGGAGGCUGCCUGUGGGGUAAUAGAUGACAAACCCUGGAAAGAUAGCCAUUGGUGGCUGCAAAACCCAAGGCCCCCACCUCUUCGGCCAGGAACCAACCAUACACAGCAAGGACCAUUUCCCCUUAAGCGGUCUGUUAGCACAGAAAGAUAUGUAGAAACCUUGGUUGUAGCAGAUAAAAUGAUGAUUGGCUACCAUGGAAGGAGAGACAUUGAACAGUAUAUUCUUGCUAUUAUGAACAUUGUUGCCAAACUUUUUCAGGACUCCAGUCUGGGGAACAUUGUAAACAUCAUGGUGACACGUUUAAUUCUUUUGACAGAGGACCAGCCAACACUGGAGCUCAAUCACCAUGCAGGGAAGUCCCUUGACAGCUUUUGCCGGUGGCAGAAAUCCAUCGUAAGCCGUAAUGGUAAUGCAAUUUCAGAAAGUGGUAUUGCUGACCAUGAUACAGCGGUACUUAUGACCAGAUAUGACAUUUGCAUUUACAAAAACAAGCCGUGUGGAACACUAGGUUUGGCACCUGUGGGUGGGAUGUGUGAACGAGAAAGAAGCUGCAGUAUAAAUGAAGACAUUGGCCUAGCUACCGCUUUCACUAUUGCACACGAGGUGGGACACACAUUUGGUAUGAAUCAUGAUGGAAUUGGUAAUGGCUGUGGUUCCCGAGGCCAGGAGACAGCAAAGCUCAUGGCAUCGCAUAUUACUAUGAAGACCAACCCAUUUGUGUGGUCAGCUUGCAGCCGGGAUUACAUAACUAGCUUUCUUGAUUCUGGCCUGGGUCUGUGUUUAAACAAUGCUCCACUGCGUCAGGACUUUGUAUAUCCCACCCAAGCUCCCGGACAAGCGUAUGAUGCAGAUGAUCAAUGCCGCUUCCAACAUGGAGUUAAAUCUCGCCAGUGUAAAUAUGGGGAAGUGUGUAGUGAGUUGUGGUGUCUAAGCAAAUCCGGCCGUUGCAUCACUAACAGCAUCCCUGCAGCUGAGGGGACCAUUUGCCAGACAAACACUAUUGAAAAGGGGUGGUGUUAUAAGAGGAAAUGUGUUCCCUUUGGUACACGUCCAGAGGGAGUGGAUGGAGCAUGGGGAUCCUGGUCUUCAUGGGGAGAGUGCAGCAGGACCUGUGGAGGAGGUGUUUCUUCAUCUGUCCGUCACUGCGACAGCCCAAGGCCUACGAUCGGAGGAAAGUAUUGUCUGGGUGAGAGAAAGAGAUAUAGAUCAUGCAAUAUUGAUGACUGCCCCGCUGGCUCGCAGGACUUCCGAGAGAUGCAGUGUGCAGAGUUUGACAAUGUGCCAUUUCGGGGGAAAUAUUACUCUUGGAAAAGCUACAGAGGAGGUGGUGUUAAGUCUUGCUCACUUAACUGUCUAGCGGAAGGAUUCAACUUCUAUACCGAGCGGGCAGCUGCCGUAAUUGAUGGGACCCUCUGCAGACAGGACUCCUCUGAUAUCUGUGUCAAUGGGGAGUGCAAGCAUGUAGGCUGUGAUCGGAUCUUGGGUUCAGAUACCAAAGAAGACAAGUGUCGUGUGUGUGGAGGAGAUGGCAGCACUUGUGAGACAGUUGAGGGUAUCUUUAACCAGUCCCUGCCAGAGGGAGGAUAUGAGGAAGUGAUCUGGAUCCCUAAAGGCUCAGUACAUAUUGAUAUCCGUCAUCUUAACAUAUCACUCAAUUACCUAGCCUUGAAAGCGAAGGAAGGCAGUGAAUAUUAUAUCAAUGGAAGGUUCCCUCCAGAUACCCCACAAAGAUUUAAUGUAGCUGGCACAAUCUUUCAUUAUAGAAGGCCUAAGGAAGAGCCAGAAUCACUGGAGGCUUUAGGGCCUACUAAUAGCACAUUGAUUGUUAUGGUGGCAGUAAGAGAGGAAAUGCUGCCUGGAAUCCGAUACAAGUUUAAUGCCCCAAUCAAUCGAGUAACACAGAACAGUUACACAUGGUAUCUCAGCUCAUGGACCAAGUGCUCAGCCAUUUGUGCUGGAGGUGUGCAACUUCAGCAGGUGCUCUGUAAAAAGGUUUCAGAUGGAUCCACUGUCUCUGAUAACUUGUGUGAUCCAAGUAACAGGAUUCAGGAAAAGCAGCGCCCAUGCAACACUGAACCCUGUCCCCCUGAGUGGGCAUUAGGUUCUUGGUCUGAGUGCAGUCGAAGCUGUAAUUCCGGAGUACGUACUCGCAGUGUUAUAUGUCAGCGUCGGGUUUCAGAAAGUGACAAGAAGUCUUUGGAUGAUGCCUCCUGCCCCCAGCCUCGCCCAUCCAUGCUUGAACCCUGCAACACAGACAAAUGUCCACCUGAAUGGGUGGCUUUGGAUUGGUCUGAGUGCACCCCAAGCUGUGGGCCAGGGUACAGACACCGAGUUGUUCUGUGUAGGAUUGGUGACCAAGAUACUACCAUACCUCAUUCCCACUGUCAAGCUAAGGAUAAACCUGCAACGAAUAUGCGCUGCACCGUACAGAGAUGCCCACCAUCACGCUGGAUCACAGGUGGAUGGGGAGAGUGUUCGGCUAAUUGUGGCCUUGGGCAACAGAGACGAUCUGUGCAAUGCCUGAGUCACAUAGGGCAGCCAUCGACAGUAUGCACAGAAUCUCUUCGUCCAUCUGCAAUGCAGCAGUGUGAAAACAAAUGCCUGGCUGACCCUUCUGACAGUCCCGAUGAAUGUAAGGAUGUGAACAAGGUGGCGUACUGCCCUCUGGUGCUAAAGUUUAAAUUCUGCAGCCGACCUUACUUCAGACAGAUGUGUUGCAGAACCUGCCAAGGCCAUUGAUGUUCUCUAACAACAGUGUCCUUUCUGGAUAUAGUUUCUCUAUCUUGCAGUUGUCAAAUAAUGUCAGCUCUCUGUUUCAUUCCUUGUCUUUCUUGCCUUUUUUCACAUCUACAGUGUCUAGUCUUCUUCUUUUCACAUUUGCCAGGGCAGUGGAUCUAUAAAAAAGGGAGGCUAAAAUGCAGCUUUUCAUACCUACAUAAAAAUCUGGCAAAAGAUUGUAGUAUCUUCUAUUCCAACCUUUUUUUUACCGGCUGCACAUUUAUUUACUAAGUUUCACUUUUUCAGUUUGUAAAUCCCUCCUAAUUUAGUAUGGCCAUAUGUAACCAAGAAGCAGUGAAUCAGCAUGGGAUGUGAAACCAGUGUAGUUAAGAGGAUGCAAGUGUGGAGUGCUUUCAGGGAAACAUUAUAAACACUUCUCAGUAUGAAGCACAUUUCAUACAUUGAAUUUCUGCUUUUUGCUCACUCUUUAUUCUCCUUCACUACAGUUAUCCCAGAGCCUUUCAAUGCCUAAAUCCUCAACCAUACAAUCCUUAAGAGACGUUCUAAAUUCUAAUGAAUCUCUAAGCGUUUUUUUAUUUGUAUUGCUUAGGUUCUAUUUAAGCCAUAUACAGAUGCAUUGGGGGUUCUUUUAAGCCAUUUUACCUUGUGUCCUGUGGAUAUUCACUGCUGGAAGACAAGGGGGAACUCCCCUAGUUACUAAUAUCUUUAUUAAAAAUUAAAUAUAUUUUAUAAUCUGUAUAAAUAAAUUGCCCUUCCAACACUUUACAUUAUUACAAAUAGAGUGGGUAUCAGUUGAUAAAAAUAUAUGUGUGGGGUCUGUAAUUUGGAGAAAACUUUUAACUAAAAUGUUCUGAAAACUGGCAACAUCUUUAGAUUACUUGAAUAAUCAGUUCUUGAUUUUGCCCAUUUUACUGCAAUUACUGUAAAAACCAUUGUCUUCCAGAUAGCAGGCCCCAUACCCAUAAGGCUUUGAGCAAUGUAUAGGUAAAGUGUAAUCCUAUUUCUACUGCCUAUAAUAGCCCAUCAACUGAAAUAAUUUCAUCAAAUCUCAAAUGUAAUGCAUGUCCAUGUGGCAAUUCUUUGUCUGUACAUCAUUUAAGUGUAGGUAUAAGCAACCUUCCACAUUCCAUUUGCUGCUGAUAUAAGUUGAGCAGUUAAAUAAAUAUGGGUGGUAACUGUCCCCAAAUUGUUCUGCUCACUGAAUAGCAAGAUAAACAUCCAGAUGAACAGCACACAGUACAGAAACACACAAGUACCAAUCAGUAUCUGAUACCCUGAUGUGAACAUGCAGUACAGCACAUUGUAUACAGUAACCUAUAGUACACACAGCAUUUCCAGCAAGUUUACAUUGCCAUUGAGAGCAGACCCUGAUAACUGAUCACUGAAAUACAUUUAGUUUCAAGAGCCAAAAACCAUGAACAUUUCCAGGGACAGCCUGUGAAGCCUUGGGACCGAAUGUAACUUUAAAUUAAGGACUCUUAUGUGCACAGGUUAAUGCUAUGACAUGGAUAAAUGUAACUUAAAUUGCAUGGAUUGUGUGUCUGCAACUGGAGGCUUCUGUUAUAAUUUUCUUAGGGCGAGAAUAAUGUGUGUGUGUGUGUGUGUGUGAGCAAAGGAGCAUAGUGGGGAACAUUCUGCUAUAAAAAUAUAGCAUGUACAGUCCCUAGUAGAUUGAUGUACUAUGGCACUGAAAGAUUUGCAUGUAUUUGGAAUAGGGUAAAAAAGAACUUUAACUUUCAUGUAGGCAUAAAUUGUGUUUUAUGUGUACUUUAUGCAAAUGUGUACAGUAUUUAAGUGUUCUACUUAAAUAAAAUAGAGACGUGUCUGGCUUAAAGUAGCCAUAAAGGAGCUGGAAAAAUAACACAAAAUGCUAGAAUAGUGCUCUCCAACUUAUUCCGUGAUAUGCACAUAUUUGAGGGAGAAAUCAGGUUAAAACAGUGAUUCAUAAAAAAAAAGUUAAUGGAGCCCAUGGCCAGACUGAGGAUGUUGGAGGGCCUGCAAUAUUUCAUUAAAACAGCCCUCCUCAAGAAGGAUUAAAUUAUAAUCUUACUUUUUACUGAAAAUGUUUAUGAUAAUGGUGCUAUCAUUUUUAUGUAAUCAUUUUAUGACCUGGAGCUAGUGGAGCAAAGGUGUUCAGUUUAUCAAAAGUCAGCAGUAGAACCCAACAGAUCUCAUGGAGACUAUGGGAUUCUGCAAGUAUUUCAGGGCAGUGCAAUGGCCUCAGCAAAAAACCUACCACUGCAGUAAAUUAUAAAGACAUUAGAACAAUAUUUGAAUAGCGUUCCAUGAAAAGGUCAUAAAUGAUGGACAGUACAGAUGUAACAUGACUCCUAAUAAGCUUAUUGGAGGGUACAUAAUCAUUUUAAUACUUGACACUGUACAAAAGUUAGUUGCCAAACUUGUGGAUCAGUCAUCCCUGGGGAGUGUCUGGAGGUCAUAUUUGGGUAGAUUUCCUAUAUGCUCUCUGAGACACUUCUUUACUCCCCAAGUAAAAAGUGAUUUAGAGUGAAAUUUCUGGUUAUUUGCUGCCCUAGAUAUUUGAAGAAUACAAUUGCCUAUACAGCAAUGUUUUCAUACAUUUUGAAUCUUGUUUUGAUCUAAAGAUGGCCAUUAAUCAAAAGGUGAACCUCAGAUGGAGCCAUGAACCAAAAAGUCUGAAAGCUGCUACUGAUGUACAGUUAUGUCAGUAAUAAUAGCUAAAUGUUUACAAUAAAUAUUUACAAUACUGAGUAACAAACAUAACAGGAAUAGACAGAAAUUCAAUUUGAGCUAAAUGUACUUGAGCUCUACAUUUUACAAUAAGGUGUUUGCUAAAAAAAAUGAUUUUAAUAAAAUUAGAAACGUUUCUCCAGACCUCAGUAAUUGCACCUACUCCCUAAACUCACUGCCAGCGUUCAGCUCACUACAAUACCCUACAUUUACUAUAAGAACAGCAGGAUUUUUCUAGUUUCCCUAUUGCAUGGAGAGAUAACCUGACAAUUAUUAUACUCAGAGACAAUCAAACACAGAGCUAGCCCUUACAAUUUCAGACUGUGAAUUCAUCUACUUCUAAGUGCUGAGUUCAAGAGACCAACCUCUUGUUAAGAUGGCCAUACAUGUUACAAUUAUGAAGGUUAUUUUUCACUACAAACGUUAACAGCUGAAUUAUCAGAUAUGAAGGAAGAAGCAAUAGAAUUCUACCAGGGCCCAGCCAAGGGGUAGGCAGAGGAGGCACGUGCCUAUGGCGCAAAGCUGGGGGGGCAGGCACGUACCUGCUCUGUCGCCUUCCCCAUGUGCGGUUGCAUCUCUCCCCUUGUAUUUGGGAUUGUGCACAUGCACGCACGUCAAUUCGCGCAUGCGUGCACAGUGAUGCACGCGAGCGUCAACUCGCACAUGCACGCAAAAGUACUGGUUCACACAUGCGCGCACUCAGCCAGCGCCAGCCAGGCAAAGUUGCCUAGGGCGCCUGUCCGGGCUGGCCUGGCCCUGAAUUCUACCUCUACCGGACGAUUUCACAUUAAACCUUAUUUGAAGUUUGCAAAUAUUUUCUGUCUUGACCUAAUGACGAAACAACGAAUAUCCAAGGCUUUUGCUGAUAUUGGUUGCCUGGUCUCCCACCAUAUGCUCACCAAAUAUCAUGUAGGAUAAUAUCUGAGUGUGUGUGGCCACUUUAACUCUUAUAUAGCACAUGACAGUGUCCAAUACAGUGGGACUAACUGAAACUGU